CCCGUCCCGCGGGGCCCCGGCUCCCCGGGCCAUGCUGUGGCGGGGGGCGGCGAGCGGGCGGGCGCUCUGCGGAGCGCUGCGCGGGGUCGGGCAGCCGCCGGUCCGCGGCCUCCGCGCCUCUCCGCCGUCGCGGUCCUCCAUGCCCUCCUGGGUCAUAGACCGGUACGGCCGCAACGACGUGCUGCGCUUCACCAGGGACAUGCUGUUCCCCAUCAUACACCUCCCGAACGAGGUCAUCAUUAAGGUUCACGCUGCGAGCCUGAACCCCAUCGAUCUUAGCAUGAGAAGUGGUUACGGUGCUGCCGCCCUAAACAUGAAGCGAGAUCCCCUGAAACUGAAGAGCACAGAGGGUGAAUUUCCACUCACACUUGGUCGAGAUGUCUCUGGUGUUAUUAUGGAAUGUGGACUCAAUGUGUCUUACUUCAAACCUGGAGAUGAGGUGUGGGCAGCCGUUCCUCCCUGGAAGCAGGGCACUCUGUCAGAGUUUGUGGUAGCCAGUGGAAACGAGGUGUCUUUUAAGCCUAAGUGUCUCAGCCACAUAGAAGCUGCCUCCUUACCUUACGUAGGCCUGACAGCGUGGUCUGCGGUGAAGCAAGUUGGAGGACUGAACCAAAGUAAUUGUGGUGGGAAAAGAGUAUUAAUAUUAGGAGCUUCAGGAGGAGUUGGCACAUUUGCUGUCCAGCUAGUGAAGGCCUGGGGUGCUCAUGUGACAGCAGUUUGUUCUCAGGAUGCCAGCACACUGAUGAAGAAGCUUGGAGCAGAUGAUGUGGUUGAUUACAAAGCUGGGAAUCUGGAAGAGCAGCUGAAAACCUUGCCCUUAUUUGAUUUCAUCCUUGAUAAUGUUGGUGGCUCCACUGAGAAGUGGGCUCUGGAUCUGCUGAAGAAAUGGUCAGGAGCAACCUACGUUACUUUGGUGACACCUUUCCUGAUCAACAUGGACAAACUCGGGGUGGCUGACGGCAUGUUACAAACAGGAGUCACCGUUGGUUCCAAAACUCUGAAGCAUCUCUUCAAAGGAGUCCAUUAUCGGUGGGCAUUCUUUGCGCCGAGCGGGCCCAGCUUGGAUGAAAUAGCAGAACUAGUUGAUUCUGGAAAGAUCCAACCAGUUAUUGAUGAAGUCUUCACUUUCUCUGAAGUUCCAAAGGCCUUUGAGAAGCUGGAAGGAGGACAUGCCCGGGGAAAAACAGUGAUCAAUGUCAUCAGUAAACAAUAAAAGUGUCUCUGACUGCUGUUCUGCACUGCCAGGCCUUGCUGGCAGAUUCCACUUGAACAUGACCUGGAGUUUAGCAACUGCUUCAACUUUCAAGGCUGCAUACAGGUGUUUUGUCAAGUCUUCUUUUAGGAAAGCCUCUUUCACACUCUGCCUGUCACUUAAUACACAGACAAGAAAUUACACUGUCUCUUAGAAGACAACUUUCAGGCUGCAGCUGUGGCUUUUGCCCUCACUCUUGGGUAAGUGGAACACCCAGAUCCAUUGUCAGUCUGUAGAGAUGUUAUCUUCCAGGUGUUUUAGCUAACUCCUGGAAAAGAUGAGCACACUUUAAUUGUCCUUUCUCCCUUGGUCUCCUUCCCUGCUUCUGUUCACCCUGGUUAAUGUUUAUUAUUCCUCACUGUGGUUCAUUCUCAGAACCUGUGAGCUUCUCUAGUAAGUGGCCACAUUGCUGUUUCCAGACCAGUACUUUCAUCUUGAUAUGGCAAAUCUCUCAUGCCAUGUCUAAUCUGAAUAGAAGCAUGGAACAAAAA